AUGGCAACAACGACAGCCUCUUCAGCCGAAGAGCAGGCUGCACCUUUCAUCUGUUUUGCACAAGACCAGAUCACCAAGGACCAUGAGAUUGUGGAGCCCUAUGUCCCGGACGACCACGAGGUGAACUACCUGGAUGCUGGGUUCUCCGAUGCUUGCCCAGAGGCCUUCUUUGAUGUUGCCGACACCAACAGCAUAGGGCCUAUCUCCACUCAGAUGGCCGUCGAACAAGGCAAGGCUGUCGUUGAUGGAGGGGCUACAAAGACCCUUGGCAGCGUGGUGGCCCUCGAGAAGAUCAUUGCCCUCAACAAGUACAAGCAUGGGACUUCUCGUUUGGCCGACCUUGACUUGGAGAACAAGCCUACGUUUGGUUUUGGAAAUUCAUCAAAGAACCAGUGCGUGUCCACAGCCUCACUCGAGGUUCAAGCUGAUGGCAAACCUGGACAAGUACAAGUACAUGCGUUGGAUGCGGGAGCAGGACCUGUGCUGUUCUCCAUUGAGUCCUUACGGGCCUUGGGAGCAAUCAUCGACUUCUCUGAGGACAUGGUCGUCUUCCGCAAGAUCAACCCAUCCAAGAUCAUCAAGAUGGAACGUUCGGCCACUGGCCAUCAGCUGCUGCCCAUGACUCAGGAUUGGUACAGUGAUGCUCAGAGCACUGCACAGCCAGUGCCAAAGGAAUUGGUGGAAGAGCUCCUGAUGACCUUUGGCGAAACAGCUCCAAAACAGUGGAGCAUCAUGGAGAUCGAGAGUCGCCUUUUGGAACUCAAGGAAGCCAACGGGAUGGUCACUCAGAAAGGGAAGGUACGGCCACCGAUGCGCCAUGCCAUGAUCGAACUGAACAAGGCCAGCAAGAAGAAGUCCGACCUUGUGGACUACGUGAACAACAAGCUCAUGGUGAAGACCCGCGGCACCGAGACCAUUCAGGAGCUGCAGCGCUUGGGCACCAAGAAGAUCUACCAGACCACAGCUGCCUCUCCGGAGGACCCUGUGGGGUUCGGGGAACACUGCAGUCUGCAGUACCACGAGCUUCUAGCCCAACACCCACAGUAUGCCAGCUGGGUCGUGAAGACCGCCACCGAGGGGGAAUGCGACUACCGCCUGGCCCGUCUGGCCAAUUGGCUCCAGAGCCCAGAGGCACAGCAUCCGAUGCCGACCUACAAGCAGACCUCCAGCGGCUACAAGAACACAUCGACGCCGGCCAGCGGCUCGAAUGGCAAGACCGAGACCAUGAUGAUGCAGAUGAUGCAGAUGAUGCACGCCCUCAAGGAGGACGUGGACAAUCUGAAAGCCGAGAGGCCUCACAAGAAGGUCGAAGCAUCCAGUGUCUCCGAGAUGACAGAGUCAUCAACAGGUUCUUUUGUGCCGAUCCCACAAUUGAUUUCAAAUGCCUUUGAGGCCCUGCUAUCACACCAGCGCAUAGAGCUGCUGGAAGUGGCAUGUUCGGCCGACAGCGUGCUGUCUCGCACCAUGCAACAAAAGAAAGGUGACGAGGGUGCGGUGGGCAUUUGUGAACAGGCUAUUCAGGGUACCAAGACUCUCAUGAACAAAAUAGCUGAAGAUGACCCAGAAGUCACCGCAGCAGAAGCUUUGGCUGAAGCCACUAGGACCUUUAAUAGCCGAGAACUGAUCCGAGGCUAUUCGCCCAUCCAACAUGCCCUUGGCCGUGCGCCUGAUGCCACCGGGCGACUUUUCCCUUGCGGCCCCAGUGAAUGUCCAGAGCUGCUGGUAGAGAACGCCUCUGGCGAGAUGGAUCGCCAGCUCCAGCGAAUGCAAAGUGCGGAAAAGGCCUUCCUUGAAUGGACGGCAAGCCAGAGACUCCAAAAAGCCAAGAACUCAAAACCCAGAGAUGUCACCAACUAUGAGCCAGGAGACCUAGUGUAUGUGCGGAGAAAGCAAGUGAGCGGCCAAGCAGCCAUUAAGGGUGGCUCGUUUGUGGGGCCAGCCCGCAUCCUGGCGGUGGAGCAACAUCGCUCUCCCGACGGGACCCACAAGCAGGGCAGCUCAAUUUGGUGCGUCAGAGGGAGAAGACUUCUCAAGUGCUCCCCAGAGCAACUACGUCGAGCCUCCGAGCGGGAGGUCCUCUUAGAAGAACUACAUGCCAAACAAUACGAUGACUGGGACUUUGAUAGAGUAGCUCAACAACUUGGAGGGAACGAGUUUCUGGAUGUGUCCACCGAAGCCAACAGGGCGAUCCAGGAGUCCAACUUCCAGGCCUACGCCUUCUACAUCUUCAGGAGCACCCGUGUCACAGAGGAAGUGUUUGCAGUCACCGAGUGCACCUUCUGGAUGGAUGAGACCGCGGCCGUGGCCGUGGAGGUUCCCAUGCCAGACACACGUGCUGGAUCUGAACGAGCUCUUCGAGAUCUCCCUUCUUACUUUGCCAGUAGCUUGAAGAAACGGUCAGCAGUUGAAGUCUGUGAGCGUCACCUAUCUGAGGAAGAGCGACAACAGUUCCGAUCUGCAAAGGCCGUGGAAGUGAGUAACUUCAUAGCUGCCAAGGCUUUUGAAGCCCUUCCAGAGAAACUUCGCCCAGCACGCGAACAAGCAGUGAAGAUGCGUUGGAUUCUGACAUGGAAGCAGAAGGAGGAUGGCAGCCGAAAGGCGAAAGCCAGAGCCGUUCUUUUAGGAUACCAAGAUCCCUGCUAUGAACAGAGAGCAACGACUUCUCCAACCACGACUCGCCAGACCAGGCAACUGCAGAUGCAAUUAGCCGCUUCAUAUCGCCACAAGAUGCGAAAAGGUGAUGUGACAGGUGCUUUCCUGCAAAGCAGGCCAUACCCUGAUGACCUUUUUUGUAUACCAUGCCCAGAGAUCUGUGAAAAGAUGGGACUCCCAGCAGAGUCAAUCACCAAAGUGAAGAAAGCCUGCUAUGGCUUAGUUGAUGAGUCUGAGAAAACACAGCUUCGGGCCUUGCUGGGAGGGGUCUCAAGGCACGCACAACAAGUUGCGCCCCACUUCAGUGCUGAAGUCGGCUUGCUGUUGUCAGAGGUGAACAAGAGUACUAUAGAGACCAUUUACAAGGCUAACAGGAUCUGCCGCAGCCCCGGAGCAGCAGAAGCAGCAGCAGCAAACAACGGAGAAGAUCUCCUCUUUUUUGCGAGAUUCCAACUGGCAGAAAUGAUGGGAGCUCAAGUCAAUGUGAGAGACAUCAACAGUGUCGUCAACCAGAUCAGUGGAUGCCUGGUUACUGACUCCAGGAAUGUGUACGACAAGUUAGAGACCGAGGUCUUGUCCGUGAAGGGCGCUGAGAAGAGAACAGACCUGGAGUUACUCUCCUUGAAAUCUGCCCAGAUUCGCAAUGCUGUGGAGAUUAGAUGGGUUCAUAGUGAAGCUCAGCUAUCAAACGGGUUGACCAAGAGCAACGAGCACAAGCAACUGCACCUGUUCUGCCGCAUGGGCCACAAGUGGCGCAUAGUCGAAGAUGAAGAAAGAGCGUCAGCUCGGAAAAGGAAACUGCUAGGCCUGGAGCCUCUUGAAAACAGAAAGAGUCAAGGGCCAGAAAUCGAGCCGGAGACACCAUGGAAACCCACGAAAUGA